AAGAUUUAAAGAUCUAUUAAGAAUCUAGUAACUGCCAAAUAUGUGAAGCAAUAAAGACUUCAUUGUCUCUUAAGUUCUUUGUAGGGAGGAGGUAUGACAGUGGAAUCCAUUAGUCUUGUUUUUUUUCUGGAGUUGGAUUUCCCAUGUUCCUUCUUGUCUUUGUUCCUUUAUUCUCUUCUGAGCUAUUCUAAACUUCUGACCCAGAAUUAUCGAAGUUAGAUUUGUUGAUUUGGAAUGUAAAAAACCUUUGUUUCUGAGCAGGUUGAUGACAAUUAGAAGCAUGCUUUCCGCUGAACUUCCCUGGACACCAUUUCUUACACAGAAUGUCUGUGAGUGAGAACUCGGUUUUUGCCUACGAGUCUUCCGUGCACAGCACCAACGUCUUGCUCAGCCUCAACGAUCAGAGGAAGAAGGACGUGCUGUGCGACGUGACCGUCUUCGUGGAGGGCCACCGGUUCCGCGCCCACCGUUCAGUGCUGGCGGCAUGCAGCAGCUACUUCCACUCGAGAGUCGUGGGCCAGGCUGACGCGGAGCUCAACAUCACCCUGCCGGAAGAGGUGACCGUUAAAGGAUUUGAACCUUUAAUUCAGUUUGCAUACACUGCUAAACUGAUUUUAAGUAAAGACAAUGUGGAUGAAGUGUGCAAGUGUGUGGAAUUUUUAAGUGUACAUAAUAUUGAGGAAUCCUGCUUUCAGUUUCUCAAAUUUAAGUUUUUGGAGUCUACUGCAAACCAGCCAGAAUGGUCGAGAAAAAAGUGCUUUCCAUCACACUGUCAAAAGACAGACCUUAAAUUUUCACUUUUGGACAAGAGGGAUCUAGAAAUUGAUGAAGUGAAGGAAUUUCUGGAAAAUAAAAAUGUUCAGACUCCUCAAUAUAAACUCUGCGUUUCUCCAGGAAAUGCAAAAGUAUCACCUCCUCUGCAAGACAGUGCCAGUCAAACCUGCGAGUCCAUGUGCUUCGAAAAGGACGCUGCUUUAACUUUGCCAUCUUUAUGCCCCAAAUAUAGAAAAUUCCAAAAAGCAUUUGGAACUGACAGAGUCCGCACUGUGGAAUCCAGUGUCAAAGACGCUCGUACUUCUCUGCAGCCAAAUGAGACCCCCGAAAGCGAGUGCCCAGGAGGGGCCCUGGAGUGUGUGGAUUUGCAGGUGGCUUUAAAAUGUGAAGAAAGUAAAUUGACAAUGGACCCUGAAGAAACAAAGAAGAAAGAUCCUGUUUCUCAGUGCCCAACUGAAAAAACAGAAGAGACUCCUUUCCCCUACGGUUCUUCCACAGACCCUCACGGACUCUAUUCUCUGUCUCUUUUAACAUAUGACCAAUAUGGUGACUUGAAUUUUGCCAAUAUGCAGAACACAGCGGUGAUAACAGAAAAGCCUUUGUCGGGUACAGACAUUCAAGAUGAGAAAACGUUUGGUGAAAGUCAAGAUUUACAUCUGAAAUCUGACUCAGGUCCCAGGGAAGAUAGUAGCCUUGCCUCUGGCGACCGGAGCAGUGUAGAACGAGAAGUGGCGGAACACCUAGCGAAGGGCUUCUGGAGUGACAUUUGUAGCACGGACUCUCCUUGCCAAGCUCAGUUAUCACCUGCCGUGGCCAAGGAUGGCUCAGAACAGAGCUACUCACAGAAGCGGUCUGAGUGUCCCUGGUUAGGGAUCAGGAUCAGUGAGAGCCCAGAACCAGGUCAGAGGACUUUCACAACACUGAGUUCUGUCAACUGCCCUUUUAUAAGUACUCUGAGUACCGAAGCCUGUUCGAGCAAUUUGGAAAUUGGAAACGAUGAUUAUGUUUCAGAACCCCAGCAGGAACCUUGUCCGUAUACUUGUGUAAUUAGCUUGGGAGAUGACUCUGAGACGGACACAGAAGGGGACAGCGAGUCCUGUUCAGCCAGAGAACAAGAAUGUGAGGUAAAACUGCCGUUCAAUGCACAACGGAUAAUAUCACUCUCUCGAAAUGAUUUUCAGUCCUUGUUAAAAAUGCAUAAGCUGACUCCAGAACAGCUGGAUUGUAUCCAUGAUAUUCGAAGAAGAAGUAAAAACAGAAUUGCUGCACAGCGCUGUCGCAAGAGAAAACUUGACUGCAUACAGAACCUUGAAUCAGAAAUUGAAAAGCUGCAAAAUGAGAAGGAGAGCUUGCUGAAGGAAAGAGAUCACAUUUUGUCGACUCUGGGUGAGACAAAGCAGAACCUAACUGGGCUUUGCCAGCAAGUCUGUAAGGAAGCAGCUCUAAGUCAAGAACAGAUCCAGAUACUCGCCAAAUACUCAGCCUCAGAUUGCCCACUUUCAUUUUUAAUUUCUGAAAAAGAAAAAAAUACUCCUCGUGGUGAACUUGCUUUACCAUCAAUUUUUAGUUUGUCUAACGGGCCUCCAGCUGUGCUGCCCCCUUGUGCCAGAGGAGAAGGUGAGUCCUGCUGUGCUGAGAGGCAGGAGUCACAGCCGCCGCCGCCUCCAGCCACCUCUGAGCAAGCUGGGCUUGGGCAGCAGUGCCGUCAGAGUGGCGGCAUAUCAGAUUUCUGUCAACAGAUGACCGAUAAGUGUACUACUGAUGAGUAAACUUUCAGACUUUUCCUUUAGACCAUCUGAUUUUCUACUGAAGUUUUGGCAUAGUCUUGAAAGCUAAUGUUUUCAUCUUUCGUUUAACAAUAUUGUUUUUUUGCCCUAGUCGUUGCCAUAAGGGAAUGUCUCUUAAGCCAACCUCAUUUCUCCUUGAUUUCCACAACAGACACAGAAAUAACUUCGCCUCUCAGAUAUCCCUCCCCCCAAAAAAAUCACA